UCAUACCUUCGCUUUUUCCCUCCCUCCUCUCUCUCUCACAGGGGAGAAGACGAAGAAAGGAGAGCUUCUCUAGUCUUUAUAAAUUCUUUCGAGCUGAGCUUCUUUCGUUUCAAAGAUCGCUCUUUUAUAUUUUUUUCUUCUCACGGUCUUGGGGUCGAAGAAGAGGGAGAUGAAUCCGCUUCAGGUGAUCGUGCCGCUGGUGGCCGCGGCCGUGAUUGUAGCCCACCUGGCCGUAUUCUCGGCUGCGGCGAUGGCCGGCGGGAGGUUCCCGACGAAGCUGACGCUGGAGAGGGCCGUGCCGGUGCGGGGGGUCGGGUUGGAGCACCUCAAGGCCCGGGACCGGGCCCGCCAUGGACGGAUGCUGGCGGGUUCCUCCUCCUCGUCGUCGGCUAAAGUCUCUGGUGUCGUGGAGUUCCCCGUCGAGGGCUCCUGGAAUCCGCUCACCGUUGGGCUUUACUAUACCCGUGUGAACUUGGGGAACCCUGCAAAAGAAUUCUAUGUUCAGAUUGAUACAGGCAGCGAUGUCUUAUGGGUGACUUGCAGUCCUUGUACUGGAUGCCCGACUUCUAGUGGACUCAACAUCCAGCUGGAGCUCUUCAACCCUGCCAAUUCAUCCACUGCAUCGAAGAUCACUUGCUCGGAUGAUGUAUGCAAAUCUGCCAUCCAAGCUGGAGAAGCAGUCUGCUCUAAUUCCAGUUCUCAGAACUCAGUGUGCAGUUACUCUUUGCAGUAUGGUGACGGAAGCAGCACAUCUGGAUACUAUGUGUCCGACAAACUAUACUUUGACACAACCACUGGGGAAAACCAGACUGCAAACUCUUCAGCCACCAUUGUUUUUGGAUGUAGCAACUCGGUGUCUGGAGAUCUGACCAAGUCAGACAGGGCUGUUGAUGGGAUUUUUGGGUUCGGACAGCAAGAUCUAUCCGUCAUUUCACAGCUGUCCUCUCAAGGUGUGGCUCCCAAAGUCUUUUCUCAUUGCUUGAAAGGGUCAGAUAGUGGUGGAGGCAUAUUGGUUCUUGGGGAAAUUGUAGAACCGGGUAUUGUCUAUACCCCACUUGUUCAAUCACAGAUUCAUUACAACGUGAAUCUUGAGAGCAUUGCUGUCAAUGGCCAGACUGUACCUAUUAAUUCUUCUGUGUUUACAACAUCAAGUACACAAGGAACCAUUGUUGAUUCAGGCACCACACUGGCUUACCUUGCAGAUGAAGCUUAUGAUCCUUUUGUCAAUGCAAUAGUUGCUUCCUUGUCAUCAUCAGUACAGUCCCUUGUUACAAGAGGAAACCAAUGUUUUGUUACAUCUAGCAGUGUUAAUGAAUCAUUUCCUUCUGUUACAUUAAAUUUUACGGGUGGUGCAUCCAUGUCAUUGAACCCUGAGGACUAUCUUUUGCAGCAGGGUUCUGUUGACAAUGAUAUUAUAUGGUGUAUGGGUUGGCAAAAAAAUCAAGGUCAAGGAAUCACAAUAUUAGGAGACAUUGUUCUAAAAGACAAGAUAUUUGUUUACGAUUUAGCUAAUCAGCGGAUUGGCUGGGUAAAUUAUGACUGUUCUCUUGCGGUGAACGUUACUACUUCUGUUAAGAAUACGUACGUCAACAGUCGUCAGAUGGAUGUCAGUGGCUCAUCACCUGCUGCAUUUUGGAAGCAGCAGCCAGCAGACAUUGCAGUAUUCGUUGUGUAUAUUUUUAUUCUUGCCAUCUUACAUCGGUAGAGGAACAUAUGGGAAUUGUAAUUCCAUUAUUUAUUCAUGUAUUUAUAACUUGAUUCCUUAGUCAAUAUAGAUAUCAAUUUAUAGAGCCUUCUUACUGUAGGUUUGUUUUCCUUUGUAUAUAUGUGAUGAGAUACAGUUUUUCCC